AUGAAAGGAGUGAGAGGAAAGUGCUGCAUUCUGAGCUGGAAGCUCUCACAGUCUCCUGUGGUGAAGACAAAAACAAUCACCAUUUCUGAUGUCACCAACUCCCUUCGCAGCGAAAUCGCCAGCAAGGACAUCCCGAUUGUGCAUACAGAGACCAAGACCAUCACAUAUGAGUCUGCACAGCCCAACGCGCUUUCAGAGAAGGAGUCCGGGAUGCUGUUGAGUGCUCAGACCAUCACCUCAGAGACCGUCAGCACCACCACCACCACCCAGAUCACCAAGAUGGUGAAAGGCGGGAUCUCAGAGACCCGUAUCGAGAAGAGAAUCGUGAUCACUGGAGACACUGAGAUUGACCAUGAUAAGGUGAAAUGCACCUACAGCUAA